GGGUUCUUGUUGGACUUGUUGAAGCAAAGUACCAAUCUCCCCUUUCUAUUUUUGGCUAGUAAUUUUCGCGCGGCUUAAAUAUUAAACCCGGGAAGAAGAAGCACAAAACCGCCAUGGAAGAACCGUCUAGUUCUUCCUCUCUGUCAGUCUCUGGUCAACUAUUUACACCUUCAACCACAAGUCCAACUUGCCCAGAAAUCUAUACCUAUAAAACCAUUUAAUUCCUCCUCUCUCUGUCACAAAGUUCUCAACUUUCCGGCCAAAAAGAUUCAAACUUUAUCUACUAUUUCAAUGUCUACUUGAAUUUCGAAUCAUCAGCAACACUGAAAGAGCAAAACCCACCAUGGAAGAGAAGAAACCACCACCAAACGACGUCGUCGUGCAAAUUUCCGGCGCCGAUGACUCCUUCAUGUUCUCGCCGCAGCCUUCCCGAACUGGGUCUCCUCAAAAAGACUCCAACUUUGAGCUCACCGAGCUCAGAUUCCCGGCCGGCGCUACUUCGCCGGAGAUCACAGCCACCACCGCCGCCAAGCCGCCGCGAAUUCCCGGCGAGCUUCGCCGCGUCUCGCUUGCCAGGUCAGCAUUCUCCAAACCCAAGUCGAGGUUUCAGGAGCCGGUUUAUACUAAUGAAGUCAAGGUGACUGAAGAAACUCCUCAGAGAAAGUCAAGUGCAAAGUCACCCAAUGUGGGUUCACCAAUCACUAGAACCACGGCUACUACUCCUAGAGAAGGUGUGAGAUCGACCCCUAUAACGCCGAGGACGCCGCUGAUUGGUACACCGGCGCGUGGAGAAGAGGAGGAGGAGGAUGAUGAGGAGGUGUACAAGACUGCCAAUCUUAAGGUGCACCAGAAGAGUGGUAAGAAGAAGGUGAAGAAGUUGGUGUUACUUGAGUGGGUUACAUUUAUGUCCAUUGUUGGGUUUUUGAUUGCUUGCUUAACUGUUGAUAAGUUAGAGAGUAAGAGUAUUUGGUCAUUGAGAUUGUGGAGAUGGUGUGUGCUUGUGUUGGUUGUGUUGUGUGGUAGGUUGGUGACAGAAUGGCUGAUUAAUAUCUUGGUUUUCGUGAUCGAAACAAAUUACUUGCUUAAGAAGAAGGUUUUGUAUUUUGUAUAUGGGUUGAAGAGGAGUGUGCAGGUGUUUAUUUGGUUGGGUUUGAUUCUACUAGCAUGGGGUUUGUUGUUUGAUCAUGGAGUGAAGAGGUCGAAGAAUACGUCUAAGAUUCUAGGUUAUGUGACUAGGGGUUUGGCUUCUUGUGAGAUUGGAGCAGCCAUAUGGUUGUUGAAGAAUUUGUUAGUGAAGCUGUUAGCCACCUCUUUUCAGUCCACCAGGUUCUUUGAUCGGAUUAAAGAAUCGAUAUUUCAUCAGUAUGUUCUUCGAAGCCUUUCGGGGCCUCCAUUGGUGGAGAUGGGCCAGAUGGCUGGAAGAAAAUUUGGGAAGGAUAGUGGCCGGUUGAGUUUCAAAAAUCUGCCAAAAACAAAGAAUGAUGGGAAGGAAGGGCCGAAAGAAGAAGUUAUUGACGUAGAAAAGCUUUCGAAAAUGAAGCAGGAUAAAAUUUCUGCUUGGACGAUGAAAGGAUUGAUUAAUGUGAUAAGUGGUUCUGGAUUGUCUACCAUCUCCCACACACUAGACGACAUCAACGAUGAGGAGAGUGAGCAGAAGGAUAUAGAGAUUACUAGUGAGUUUGAAGCACAAGCUGCAGCUUAUGACAUUUUCCUGAAUGUAGCCAAGCGUGGUAGCAAGUACAUUGAGGAAGAUGACCUCUGUCGUUUCUUGAAAAAAGAAGAAGUCGAGCUCGUAUUUCCUCUGUUUGAAGGUGGAGCAGAAACUCGAAAGAUAAGAAAAAAGGCUUUAAAGAAUUGGCUGGUGAAUGUUUACAACGAACGCAAAUCAUUGGCACAUUCCUUAACUGAUACUAAAACAGCCAUAGAGGAGUUGAAUAGGCUUGGCUCAGCUCUUGUACUUGUUGUGAUCCUUAUCGUAUGGUUACUUCUGAUGGGAUUUUUGACAACCAAUAUACUGGUCUUUAUAUCAUCACAGCUUUUACUGGUGGUGUUUGUUUUUGGUAACACUGCUAAAACUGUGUUUGAAGCCAUCAUAUUUGUCUUUGUGAUGCACCCAUUUGAUGUAGGGGACCGUUGUGUUGUUGAUGGAGUACAGUUGAUCGUUGAAGAGAUGAACAUAUUGACAACAAUCUUCUUGAAACCUGACAAUGAGAAGGUAUACUAUCCAAAUUCAGUACUUGCUACUAAAGCCAUCAGCAACUUCUACAGGAGCCCGGAGAUGGGUGAUGCCGUUGAGUUUGCUGUUGAUGUUUCUACAACAAUUGACACUAUUGCGAACAUGAAAACCAGAAUAAAAACGUACUUGGAGAGCAAGCCUCAGCACUGGCGUCCUGGGCAUAGUGUGGCGGUGAAGGAAAUCGAAGAUGUUAACAAGAUGACAAUGGCUCUUUAUAUUUCUCAUACGAUAAAUUUCCAGAACUAUGGAGACAAGACCAGCCGACGAACAGAACUAAUCUUAGAGCUGAAGAAAAUAUUUGAAGACCUUAAUAUAAAAUAUCACCUCCUGCCUCAAGAGAUUAUUCUCACCAAAGUUGGGUCAGCAACUACAGAGCUUCCACCCUCAUGGCGCUGACAAGUUUUGAUAGAUUUUGAAGAAGAAUGUCUGAGCUCCUACCGGAUGGAGAAAGACUGAAAGAGUCUAAAUGUUGUAAAAUUGUGAUUUCUGAGAUCUACGA